AUGGAACACUACGACAAAAUACGCCUUGUAGUUGUAGGAGAUUCUGGUGUGGGAAAGACUAGUUUAGUUCACAUACUCUGUCAUAAUGAAGCAUUACGACACCCAACUUGGACGAUCGGCUGUUCAGUUGAUGUAAAGAUGCAUACACAUUCUCGCAAUAACAAACCAUAUUUUGUGGAAUUCAUUGACGUCGGAGGAACGUCGAAACAUAAAUCGUCACGGAAUAUGUUUUAUCAUCAAAUUAAUGGAAUAAUUUUGGUGCAUGAUGUUAGUAAUCGAAAGUCUUAUCAUAAUCUUUGGAAAUGGAUUGCCGAAAUGAUUUACUCGGAAGCUUACAAAGAGAGUGAGAGAAUUGGGGAAAGACAUGCGAGUGUACCAAUUUUAGUAGUUGGAACUAAAGCCGAUCUUGUAAAACAAGAAUUGACAGGUCGUCAACGACGAUAUAGCAUUGUUGACGAAUACGGAGGUGAAUGUGUUAAUCUGUGUACACUAGCGCCAACACAUUUCGCACAAGAUUCUAUAUCAGGUCAAAAGAUUGAUGCAUUUUUCGAAAGAGUCAUUGACAAAAAAUUUGGAGUUACAACCGAAUACUAUCACAAUGCGACUUCUGGAAGUUUUACAACGUCAUCUUCAUUUCCUGGUGGUGUUCUAACAAACCGUGAAGAACGAAGGCGUGUUGCACCUAAUGCAAUAGUAACAUCGAACAAUAAUGUACAGAAUGGCAUAUCAAGUCCAGGAUUACCUGUAUACACUACUAAUAAUACAGCUGUUAAUGUAAACGUAAAAUCAGGAACACCUACCAAGGAUAUACCUACUGUAACUAAAAAACAAUCAUGGAAUGGAUUUCG